CAACAACAUCAUGUGGCUUAUCUAAAUCCGUCGUUUUCCUGUUCCUGCUAUAAAAAGUUAUCAGAAUUUGCAUGCAAAGGCAUAAGGCAGCGUUGUGUCUCAACCACAAAAAUGGAGAAACCACUCAAACUUUACUUCAUUCCAUACUUAGCAGCUGGCCACAUGAUCCCUCUAUGCGAUAUAGCUUAUCUCUUUGCCUCAAGAGGCCACUUUGUUACAAUCAUCACCACUCCUUUAAAUGCCAAAAUUCUUCCCAAAUCCAACCAAUUCUUCAAUGUUCAAACUUUUCCAUUCCCUUCCCAAGAAGUUGGCCUCCCGGACGGCAUAGAAAAUAUCUCCUCAGUCACUGACCUCGAAAGCGGCUACAAAAUUUAUCAUGCCACCAUACUGCUCCGCGAACUCAUUGAGAAUUUCGCGGAGCAGCACCCACCUGAUUGCAUAGUGGCGGAUUUUUUAUUCCCGUGGGUGGAUGAGCUAGCAAACAAGCUUAACAUUCCGAGAUUCGCUUUCAAUGGUUUCUCCCUCUUUACUAUAUGUGCCAUGGAAUCCCUCAAAUUACACCCUCUCCCUGAAGAUGCUAGUGGUUCUUUUCGCAUUCCCAAUUUUCCUCAUGAUAUCACCAUUAAUUCAACACCACCGAUGGAGUCGAAGUCUUUUAUAGAUCCUUUACUCACUGUAGCACUCAAAAGCAAUGGCUUCAUCAUCAAUAGCUUGGUCGAGCUUGAUGGAGAAGAAUAUAUUGAAUAUUACGAGAAAAUCAUCGGUCAUAAAGCCUGGCAUCUUGGCCCGGCCUCACUUGUUCGUAAAACCACUCAAGAGAAAGCAGAAAGGGGAGAAAAAGGCACCUUGAGCGUGCAAAAAUAUUUAACUUGGCUUAACUCUAAGAAAGAUAACUCAGUGAUUUACAUAAGCUUUGGAACCAUUUGUUACUUCCACGAUGAGCAAUUAUAUGAGAUUGCAAGCGCGAUAGAAGCAUCGGGUUAUGAUUUCAUAUGGGUUGUCCCAGAGAAGAAAGGGAUGGAGAAUGAGAGUGAAGAAGAUAAACAAAAAUGGUUACCAAAGGGAUUUGAAGAGAGGAAUAAGGGAAUGAUUGUAAAAGGGUGGGCACCACAGGUUGUUAUAUUAGGCCACCCUGCAGUGGGUGCAUUUUUGACGCAUUGCGGGUGGAACUCGGUGGUAGAGGCUGUUAGUGUGGGGGUUCCGAUGAUCACGUGGCCGGUGCAUAGCGAUCAAUUCUACAACGAGAAGUUGAUAACUCAGCUGAGGGGGAUUGGAGUAGAACUUGGUGCAGAUGAAUGGAUCAUGGCUGCUUUUAAGGAUAUGAAAAAGCUAGUGGAGAGAGAUCGUAUAGAGAAAGCUCUGAGACGGUUGAUGGAUGGUGGUGAUGAAGCUGUUGAAGUAAGAAGAAGAGCUCGAGAGUUUGCAAAAAUUACUAGAUAUGCUGCUGGAGAAGGUGGUUCAUCUUAUGAAAACUUGACGACUUUGAUUGAUGAAAUUAAGCGAUUAAGAGACAGUAAGAUUGCUUAAUUAACUAUAUAUGAUGUAAUUUUUCCAUUUUUUUUUUUAUAUAAACCAGAAUUUCAUUAAAAAGAAAAAAGGAGUACAAAAACACAAGGGGGACCAAGCCAAAACCCCUUAAGAGAAGAGUCUAAGCCUAGGGGUACCCUCCAUGUCUAAGAGAUACUCCCGAACUAAAACCGAAUGCAAAAAGGAGAACCAAUGAUAAUUACGCAACGCCAAACCGAGAUUCGCAAGAAGAUCCGCACAAAAAUUGGCCUCUCUAUAAGCAUGAGUUAAUAUAAACUCAAUAGAACGAGUAUACUCCAAACAACCGAGCCAACGAGAUCGAAUCUUCCAAGGAACCAAACUAUUAUCAGAAAAAGCUUUAGUCACUAAUAAAUAGUCAGACUCCAACCAAACCUUUUUAAAACCCAACUCUUUCAUUUUUUCCAUAGCAGUGAUGGCUGCAAGAAACUCAGCCAAAACUGCAUCUCCCUCUCCAAGAAAAUUACAAAAGCUACCAAUAUGCUCCGCAUCCGAGUUGCGAAAGAUGCCUCCACACGCCAUAAUCAUAGGGAUUCCU